UUUUCGGAGAAGUAUUACAAUUUCAUUAAAUCAACAAAAGAUGUUGAAUUAUAUGCCUGUAGCUAAUUUGAAAAAGUUGUUGGACAAGGACGAUCUAAAAAUUGAUGGUGAAUUGUUCCUGCCGAUUGUAGAUGAGCCAACUGAAUUGCCUAAUGAAUUGAUGGCAAGUAUUUAUUGAAGGAUCCAGAAAAGAUUUAAGGACAAUAUUUAAGUGAUGGAAAAAAGCAGAGGUUUUGAGUUUUUAGUGUUGAUAUUAUGGACUGAAUUUUAUCCUUUGGCCAGACUUAUUUUAACUAGUGGCAGUAAUGAUUGAACGACGCUUUUAGAUAAUCGAUUUCUUUUGCUAGAAAAGAUUUUGACCAGAGUUUUCUCUUUUUUCCUCUUCAGUUUUUUCCUUUUAAUUAUGCCUUCAUUUUUUCAACAAUUCUAUAAAUUAAUUUUUAGUUGUUGAAUGGCAUUCUUUUUGCCUUCAAUAUUUAACAAAUUUUUCUUCAUUUUAUUUUUUAUAAUUCCAAUACAAGGUAGUCCUGAAGAUCCUUCCCUGUCUUUUGAGCAUUUCUAUCAAUCUGGCAAAAAUGAAUAUACAAAUGGAAAUUGGGCCGAUUGUGUGGCUUAUAUGCUUAAAGCUGUUGAAGAUUUUCUUUUCUACCGACAAGAGGUUCUCUGGUGUAGAAGGCAAGUUUGUUUGUUUUUUUUUUGGAAAAUAAGAGCAAUUCCAAUGAUCAGUUCUUUUUGA